UGUUUCUGGCGGCGAGGCUGGUGCUCGCGCGCAGGUCGGGCGGAUCCUACCUGGCUGCUGCAGGGCGGGCUCAGGGCUCGAGGCUAGGACUCCUUUCCCUUCCCACGGCCAUGGAGCGGCUGACGUUGCCUCCCGGCGGCGCGGAGGCGGUAGACGAGUACCUGGAGUACAAGAGAAUUGUUGGUGAGGACGAUGGAGGGAAACCUUUUACUCCUGAAGAGUAUGAGGAAUACAAGAAAAAAGUCUUACCCAUGCGUUUACAGAACAGGUUAUUUGUGAGCUGGCGGUCACCAACAGGAAUGGACUGUAAACUUAUUGGCCCAGAGACACCGUGUUUUUGUACACAUAGGUAUAAACAGCAUAAAACGGACUUUGAAUCGCUUCCACAGCAGCGCCCCAUUGACCUGCCUUGCCAGGUGGCGGGGUGCCGAUGCAAGGCUUACCAGUACGUCCCUCAGAAUGGUACCCAGCCUGUUCGCUGCAGCUGCAAACACUUUGCUGACCAGCACAGCCCUGCACUUGGCUUCAUAUGCAACGCCUGCUUCAAGUGUUCAGGCUUCCGCAGCUGCUUCACUUGCCCCUGUGGCCAGCCCGCGUAUGCCCAUGACACAGUGGUGGAAACACGACAGGAAAGGCUGGCUCAGGGAAAACCAGUGGGACAGGAUGUUCCUUACGCAGCCAUGGGAGGUCUGACAGGUUUCAGCUCAUUGGCAGAAGGCUACAUGCGCUUGGAUGACAGCGGCAUUGGUACACCCUCGGUUGAAGUUUUGAAUGCUCCAGUUUCAGCCAUGGACCACCCAUUCCUAAGAGCCUGGCAAAUGCCAUCUACUUCUUCUCCACAAACACCAACAGAUGCAGGUCCAAGCACUCAGAAUUCUUCCUUAAGGAAACCUGACGAGGAUGAUAUGGCAUACUUUGAAAGACGAUACCAGGAAAAGCUCGCUGUGUAACGGAGGAUGCAGAAGUAGAAUGGUCAAUAAAUUCUCUAUGCAAGAGCACAGGAAGUGAAAAGAAAAACAAGAUUAUCUCAGCUGCCCCAUGAGGAAUCCUGAAGAUGGGGAUGGGGGAUUCUGAAGUUGAGAGGGGCACCCUGGACACAGUGUAGCCUCUGAAGUCGGGAAGGGGUGUCCUGGACACAGUGUAGCCUCUGAAGUCGGGAAGGGGUGUCCUGGACACAGUGUAUCCUUUGAAGUUGGGAAGGGGUGUCCUGGACACAGUGUAGCCUCUGAAGUGGGGAAGGGGCACUCUGGACACAGUGUAGCCUCUGAAGUAGGGAAGGGGCACUCUGGACACAGUGUAUCCUCUGAAGUGGGGAAGGGGCACUCUGGACACAGUGUAGCCUCUGAAGUCAGGAAGGGGCACUCUGGACACAGUGUAGCCUCUGAAGUCGGGAAGGGGUGUCCUGGACACAGUGUAAGCCUCUGAAGUUGGGAAGGGGCACUCUGGACACAGUGUAGGCAGAGGUAAAUGGUGGGACAUUGUGUAAUGAUAGAAACUGUCUUUGUGCCAUAAUCACUUACCACACGUGACUGUAAGUUUAAAUGUUCCUUAGUCACACUAGCCAUGGCUUAAGUGCUCAGUAACCACAGUGUCUGGCAACUUCAGGGGACUACAAAGAAAUAAAUCCUUUUCGUCAUUGCAGAAAGUCCUUUUGGAAAGCUCUGUUCGGGCUGCUUUAACAAAAUACCAUAAACUAAGUAGCUUCUAAACAGUAGAUGCUUACCAAGUUUUUGAGGCCAGGAAGUCUGAGAUCAAGGUGCUUGCAGAUUGGGUGUCCUGUGAGGGCUGCCUUCUGGUCCAUAGUCGGCACCUUCUUGCUGUGUGGCAGUGAAGGAGGUAAGGGAGCUCUCUGGCAUUGUUUUCACGACACCAACUGCGUUCCUGAGUGCUUACCUUCAUACCCGACCUACCACCCAAAGUUCACACUCCGGUGAUUGGGUUCAGCACGUGAGUUUGGCAGGGUUCAAACACUUGGGGGCAUAGCAAGGGGAAACACAUAGCUGAAGGCCUUAGAGGCAAGUUGGAGUCAAAAGGCUGCUUUUGUAGUACCAUUAGGGGCAGGACUUACAAUCCAAUCAAUCUUCAUUAUCGGGACACACACUUACAGGUUAAUUUUAGUUUUUCUGGGUUCUAAAACUCCCUUUGCGGGCCCCCCACCCCCACCCCAAUGGGCCUGAGUAGUGUUGGCUGUGUUGAAAGCAUGCCAGUGGUAUUUGUUUGCUGGCAGGUAGAGAUGGAGCUCAUGUGAUGAAUUGUUUCCUGACACAGUUUUUAAACACUUUGCAAUGUAAUUAAUGGAAUAUGAAAGUAAGAAGUCCACAUUGAAUGCUUUCCCUUUAGCUGGCAUGAACUAUGCAUGUGGUUAGUACUCGCUCUUUACUCCAAAACCACUGAGCAUAAGGGAUGAGUAGGAAGCUGGGUUGGAUGUUUCAGGGCCUCGUUCAAGGGCAAGGCUAUGUGUUGCCUCUGUCCUUCGCUAUUUAUUUCGAACACUGACAUGGGGACUCUUAAUGGUCAGUGGAAGUUGGCAUUGACAGUCAACUUUAUGUAUUUUAUGUAGUUUAUGGUAUUUUGUUAAAGCAGCCCGAACAGAGCUUUCCAAAAGGACUUUCUGCAAUGACGAAAAGGAUUUAUUUCUUUGCAGUCCAGGUGGGAGUUGCCAGACACUGUGGUUACUGAGCACUUAAGCCAUGGCUAGUGUGACUGAGGAACAUUUAAACAUGCUAACAUGGUUUACUGUCUGCUUUUGGAGAUUAUUGGUAAGGUAUUUACUUUAUGGAUCAGGUUAAGUCAUUUUCUUCCUGCUUUGAUGAGACCUGGUCUCUUUUCCCCAAGAAAGGAGAAUUUUACUUAGGAAACUAGUACCAAAGUGUGCUAGGGGUAAGACACUAGGUUCGUGUUGGGACAUUUAGAAAAGCAGGGCAGGGUCUGGGAAAGAGAUAGCUUGCCUUUUACCUCACUACAUGGAUAGUUGAUAAGUACUGUUUGUCUUUCAACAACUGUCUGAAGUUUAAUUUGUUUUGAGCAGGGCCUUCUACAUGCGAAUGCUGUGAACUUACAGUCAUCUGGCCUCCGCCUCUAGUGUGCUGGGGGUUCUGUGUGUCCCACUUUGCCUGGCUUUGUGAAAUAGUAGUUCAAAUGAGCAAUGGCUGCUUUGGCCUUUUGCUUUUGUUUGGCUUACUUUCUGCUCCCCUGCUUGUCAUAUCACUAAGAAUCCAACACUUAGCCUUAAAUGAGAUGAAAAAAGUCUAGCAGUUGUUGAGCACUUAUCUACAGAUUGAUUUUUGGGGAGGGGUGGGGGACCAGGGUAUUAGGUAGCUCAGUGUGACAUCAAACUCGGUACAUUUGAGAGACUGACGUUGAACUGCCAAUCCUCCUGCCUCCGUUCCCCAAGUUCUGGAACUGUAGGUAUAUGCCACCAUGCCUAGUGUAGUAUUCUUCUUUUUAUUGUUGUGAUAAAACAUCAUGACCAAGGCAAUUUAACAGGAAGUAACUGGGCUUACAGAAGUUCUGGAGAGGGUGGCAUCCAUUAUAGGGAGUGAAGGCAGGGUGGCAGGAACAGCUGAGAGCUCACGCCUCCAACUGCAAGGAGGUGGCAGAGAGCUAACUCAAAAUGCUGUGAAUCCUUAAAGCCAGUCCCCAGUGACAACUGCCACAAGCAAGGCCACACCUCCUAAUCUUCCCCAAACGGAUUCAAAUGCCUGAGACUGCUGGGAACUUUCAUUCAAACCCACCUUACUGAGUGCUUAUGAAAUACAUUCAUUUACAUAUUUGAUUUUACUUAUACCUUUGAAGAAUCCUGAGAAGUAUCUAUACUGUGGUUAAAGAAACAAAUGAAAAGAGGUAGGAUUCAAAUGUUCUGUUUAGAACAAGAGAACCAGAAAGAGGGUGAAUACAGGUGACAUUAAA